AUGCGGUCGUCCGGCGCCGCCGCCGCGGCCGCCGUCUUGUCGCUCUUGUUGCACGCGUUCGCUGUUGCACACGCCGGUUCCUACCUCAAGUUGGGCGUCGACGGUCAGUAUAAUAAAGACAUAAUUAUAACAAAUUGUAAUAUCAUAAGUGUUCGUUAUAUAUAGGGAACAAAUUCAGCAGUAAUAAAAACUAUAAUGUGCAUUUAAAAAUAUUUAAAUAUUAAGGCGCUAAAUACGGGGGGAAAAAAAGAUUAAAUGGAUUUCAAUGGACAACAAUGAUUUGUAUAAAAGUGGUAUCAUUUCAAUAUUUGGUAGAUUGGGAUAAACACUUAUACCAAACACUAAUCAUAUUUUCUUACUGACGAGGAAGGGGAGUUAUCAUAUUUUAAUUCGCUUUAAUAUCUAUGUCAUUCGUUUAAUGAAUGUGAGCGUUUCAGAUUUUCAUAAAAAGAAACCAGAAAUUAUUUUGGUAGUGUUUAAAUUAAAAAUUGUCAAUAAAAGUUUUGAAAAUUGAUCGGAAAAUAGGGAUAUCGAAUAUUUCACCAUAGUUUCCUCAUUAAUGAUAGACACGCAAACAAUCAGGUAUAAAAUAUUUUUCGAUAUUUUUACAUUUUUUUCUCAUUCCCAAAAGUCAGGGAUCGACCAAAAUACUGAUUUCAGACUAAAUGUUACAAAUGCCCAAGUCCUCUCCCCUCCUUCUAAAGGGCGUCACUACUCGAUAAUAAACUAGAAAUGCAUUUAUAUGCACAGAAAUUAAUUAAUAUUAUUCUAUUCUUUUUUUUGGAAAUUACUAAAAUUUGAAAAAAAAAUCACAUUCAAACGUAUUAAGUUGUAUAAUAAUUUUUAGAUUAUCUAGAACUAUUAUCAUUUUUACGGGGAAAGCAGAUUUAAACCCCUUACUCCCAGAACCUAAAAAUCAUCCAUCACACCAUUUUUAUAUUUUGUUUGGAUUUUUUAUAAGUGGUAAUUUUUUCUAAAAAAUACUUUGUUAAUAAAGAAUAACCCCCUCCUCCCCGUAACAAAUAUUGAAAGUAUGCCACUGCCUAGAUUACAGAAAACACAAAAAAAAAUAAUUUGCAAUAAUUUACUUGUUUUCCACUGUUCCGAUGAACUGCUAUCAUUCUUUUUGAAAUGAUUUGGUUUCCUGAUAGUUAAUUAGAAAUUAAAAUUAUUAUUACAUAUUUUAUAUCAUUUAGUUUCCUUAAUUGUUUUUUUCUUUUUCAUUAUUAAUUAAUUAUAAUUAUAUUACAGUUUUAGAUAUGUUUAGUAAAACUGUUGUCUAUUGAAUCCACCUUAAACGUGAAAAAUAAUACCUACUUACAACUAAUAAUUUCCUAAUAUUAAUUAAAACAUUAGUUUUCAACAAGUAAUAUAAUAUAAUAUUAUAUUACCAUUAUCGUUUUAUGCCAUUCCGAAGACAUUGAAACAUUAUUAACGAAUCAAUAAUAUUUCCAUCCGUUUUUCUUUACCCGAAAAUAAAAAUCGAUUGAGUCAUAAAAAAAUAAUGUUAAAAUGAUAAAAUGCAACACAUUCGUUGCGUACCAAUGGAUGUGUAGGCACGUACCUAAUUUAGUUAUAUAUACACUCCGAAGGCCGAAUUUUGGCAACCGAUUUAUAAUCGCGUCAUUUACGUGCUAUAUUAUAUAAAAAAAAAUAAACUCCGGAACCUAUACCUUCUAAACACCUACAAUAUAUUUAUAAUAUUAUUGCCAUGCAUAAUUGUAAACAAAUAAUUUCCCAACCAUCGUGAUGACGUAUAGGUUACCCAUAGAUUACUCGAAUUAAAUGGUUAUUACUUAUAAUACCUAAUUAUUAUCUCACAACACACGUUUAAAAGGUCCCACAGAAAUUGUUUUAAAGUAUCGUACUUAUAUCAAAAUAUGACCAACGGUUUUGACGGUUUUGUUAACCUUUCACGAAGAUAUAACAGUAAUGAAAUGGCCUCUGUGAAUUUUGCCGGAUGUAUGGGUUUGGGUUUUCGAAAGUCUAAUAUUAUUGUUCUAUAAUUCCUUCCUAUUUGUAUAGCUAUUUCACAAUAUUAUAAUGGCGAAAAUGGCGUCCAACUAAAAUAUAAAAUAUUAGUAAUAUUAUUGUAUUAUUAACUAAUUCAAAAUUUUUUUGAAAUCAUUAUAAUAAUCAUGCCAUAAUAUUGAUGAUAUUGAAAGAGGGUGUAAACACAAUCGAAAUUUUCUGAAUGUAACAAAGAAUCUGUUACAGUUUUACUAUGAUGUGCUUUUUUUAUCCAAAAAAUAAUUUAGUAAAACUGCUUAGAUUUGUUUGUCAUAUACAUUAAAAGAAGCGGAGUUUUCGUCUGAUGAUAUUUUAUUUGCAAUAUUUUUCAAAUACUCAUCAAUAUUUUCCAAAAAAAAAAAUGCUUUUUAUGUUUUUUUUAAAUACUUGCACUUGUUUACGUAGUAUCUUAAAGUAUAUGUGAUUUUUGGUACUUUAUUUAAAAUAUUUAUCGAAAUCCUUAACAUUUCAGCCCUUUGGUUCUUUUUCUUUUGUUUUUUUAUUUUUGUUGAAUACCUCGAAUUCCUUGGUAACUAGGAAAAUCACAAGACUAGUACUACUCUGUUCAGAAUUGUUUUUAGUUUGAAAUGAUUUUUCAUUGACCACAGUAUAUAUUAACUAAAUCAGGUAUCUAUUAUAUACAUGAACAACACUGCUCUACUCGUGAGCAGUACUAACUUUUUAUUAUUUACGAGUAUUAUAAGUACACAAGAAAAAAAAAUAGAAUUUAAAAAAACAUAUUAUGUAUAAUGUCUAUUUUAUAUUAAAUUAUUAUCAUUUAUUAAAAAUAAAAAUCGAAUUAAUACCAUGCUUAAAAAUUUGCUGUUCUCUCGAUAGAAAACAAAUUAAUAUUAAAAAUCGAUUGCAAAUAAUAAUAGCUAACAGGUAAGUGAUUUUACGCUUUAAUUUUGUCAUUGUUUAUCAUCGCUCUUCCUGUACUAUUUCGUCAAACGUCAUUUUUAUUAAAAUCUCGAUUUUUGCUUAUAUAAAUACCUAUACCCAUGUAAAUAUGUAUUAAUUUACACGUGGUGAUAUAUAUUAAAGCAAUGCCUAAAUUAGAUGAAUGUACACAUAAAUUUACAUAACCUUGACUAUAGGACCUUGUGGAUACUUAUACUUUAGAUAACAAACUAUACCUUGACUAAUGCACAAUAUUAUAUUGUUGUCAUAUAUCAAGUCUCGUAAAGAACAUUGGUAGGUAUUUUUAUAACGAUGUAAAAAAAAUAGUUUUGAAGAGGAUGUGAAACAUAGGAUUUAGUGUAAUUAGACCGAGUGCCUAACUUAAACUAACAGAGUUUUUAUGUAACAGGACAAUUCAACUGAGUCUUAAAAGGUAAGUUCUACUAGAAUGUGGUGAGACCAAUUAUAUUACACGGUUCGAUGUAUUAGAUGGUCGAUAAAAAAGUAGAACAGAAAAUGAGUAUAGCGGAGAUUAGAAUAUUAAGGUGGUUGAGUGGAGAGAUGACGAAAGAAUAUAAAAUAAGGAACGAGUACAUACAAGUAGAAUAGGUGUGGUUUCGAUAGUGGAAAACAAGAGAGAAAAUAUUAGACUAAAAUAGUUUUGGCAUGCCAUGAGGAAAAAGAAGUCGGAAGCAGUAAGAAUGGUUAUAAUAAUAAAAGUAGGAGGAAAGAUAAGAAGAUGAAGAUGAUGAAAAAUAUUGGGUUGGAUACGAUUUAGAAUGAUAUGAAGGCAGACGAUAAGGAUGAAGUGGGAGAUCGGUUCAAGUGGGAGUUUGUGACAAGGAUGGUCGACCUAGAAUAAUUGGGAUGAGGGUGAAGGAGUAGAAGGAGAAUGUAAGAAAUAUAUAGAGGUAGGUUUUGCAGUUUUGCAGUUUUGUUUUACAUGAUAUAUGUUAUAUACGAGGGCUAAUCAAAAAGUACCAAGACUGGUAGUAUCAUUCGGAAAAGGAGCAUCGAAGAGCAGUAGGAUUGGUAUCACUUGCUUCUAUGACUUUUUCUGAGUACAUUUGUUUUUAUUGCUUAUCUAUAAAAUUCUUCGGUUUGAUUUCACUGACAUUUUUGUAAAAUAUAUUUUUCGAGUUUGGCGAUUUUGUAAUAAACCCAAAAGAAGAGUAACUUGACAGAUUUGGAGAUUUUAAAAAAUUUUUCUGCAUUUUUUUCCAGUUUCAGAGGGAUGUAACAUUUCAUGGUUUUUGCCAUUAAAUGUCAAUUGAAAAACUGAAAAUGUGCCCUCGAGUGACAGCGAGUUCCGCUUCUUUUGGAUUCAUUACUAAAUCGCCAAACGUGAAAAACAAAUUUUAGAAAAAUAUUGUCAAAUCAAAACGAAGAAGUUUAUAGAGAUUUUAUACGAAUGGAUGUACUCAGUAUAAGUCAUAGAAGCUAGGUUUACAAAUCGUUUUGCUCUUCAACGCAUGGUUUCCGAGUAAUAUUAUCAGUCUCGAUAUUUUUUGAUUAGCCCUCGUAUAUAUAGUGUACACGAAACGCACUAAAAAUAUUUAAAGUUUAACCUGCCAUGUUACUAUACUGAAAACGGGAGAUGAAUAAUCAAUCGACAACCAUUUAAUCGACAGGGAAAAUCGAUCGACAGGACUGAAAAUAUACUAUACAUAUUAUAUACACAUUAAAAUAGUUAUAUCCUUCACACUUACAUUGGAUUUGGUAAUAGGUUACACUCGUUUGUAUAAAAUAUUAACAGUUAAAAUAAUGAAAUUCAAAUAGAUCACAAAUAACGUUUAAUAGUAUUGUAUUUUGCCUAGUUCAGUUUUCACUUUGAAAAAUGUUUUUACUGUAAAACCAUUAGAUUUGGUGACAUUUUUCGAAAAUAAGAAUUUUUGAUUUUUCCAAUGUCUAGUGCUGAAACUACAGUAUAGUGCAAACAGGAAUUUAAUGGAAUUUUUGUAUUCAAAGUUUUUUUCUGUUUAUAAAACUGACCAAAUUAGAGUAAGUCAAAAUUUGGAUUUCUGUAUAAUUCGUGUUUAAUGAAAUUUUCAUUUAUAACCACUGGAAAUACUAAAAUAAUUGUGAAAUAAAUGUUCAAUUUACUUUAUCUGUUUACAAAUAAUAAUUAAAAAAUACUGUUUGUCACAAGAAUGAAUAUCUCGAUUAUGUGAUAAUUUUUGUUCCGUAAACUGCAAUAAUACGAUUACAUUUUUAACUAUUUUUGUAGUGAAAUUUUAUUUUAUUUUGCAAUAGCUCUAAUAACGAUAAGAUAACCAGAUAAUAAGGCAUUUAGUUUGAUGAAAAUUAUAAUUUUAUUUUUAUUCUGUAACUAGGCCCGUUCUAAAGUGUGUGCGUUAUCCGUGGAUGUCUGGUUAUUAAGUGCUCCUAUAAAUUAUAAUUUUUUAAAUAUGAAUAACACUGAAAAAGUUGAAUCGGUUUUAAUUUAUGGCGAAUGUCAACGUAAUGUACGCCUAGCUGCUAUGACGUAUGCCGGACGAUACCCAGAAAGGUACCAUCCGCCUUAUAAUUAUGUUUUACGACUUUUACAAGGGUUAAAAGAGGAAGACAAAUAGUUCAACAAAUGCGUAGAGCAAAUAUGUUUGAUGACGAUACAGAAUUACAGGUACUAGCAUACAUAAGAGCUCAUCCAUGUUCGUCAAUUAGUCAUGUUGCUCGCGAAAUUGGAGUUUCAUAUGGUUAUGUUCAAAAAAUUCUAAAAAAACACAAAAUGCACCCAUAUAAAAUCGAUUUUGUCNGUGAUGAAUCAAAAUUCACUAACAAUGGCAUUAUGAAUAAACAAAAUCAUCGAUGCUGGGAUGACACAUACCCACACUGGUCACGUGAAACUAAUUUUCAAACGGUUUGGGGAAUUAAUGUAUGGUGUUGGUUAGUUGGUGGAAAUCUAAUAGGACCGUUCUUUAACGAUAGUACGCUUAAUGGCAGACGAUAUCUUAAUUUCUUAACCAAUGAACUAAAUGAGCUAAUGAACUAAUGAAAUAAAUGAAAAUUUCAUUAAACACGAAUUAUACAGAAAUCCAAAUUUUGACUUACUCUAACUUGGUUAGUUUUAUAAAUAGAAAAAAACUUUGAAUACAAAAUUUUUUUUAAAAAAAAUAAUUUAUCCGAAUAUGCAGAAAAAAAAUAGUAUUUCUGUUUAAAAAAAUGUAAGUUGUAUUGCGCAUACGCAUACCAAAAGUGUUACAAAUUUGAAAUUUAUCUGAAAAUAUGUAUUUAGGAACUCCCUAUCACCACCCGAAAACCCUAUUACAAUACAAGGUCAUCCACCAGAGAUAUUUAGUGUUACCUUAAAUCGUGAUCACACUGUAUAUAGGUGUCUUGUGGUACGCAACCGGACCACAAUACGACUGAAAACCUCUGCUUGUAUAAAUCAGCCAUUAGCCGUAGAAUAACAGAUUAAAUUUAUUUUACUCAUUGUGGGCAAUAAACACGAGCAAGCGAAUAUAUACAAUAAAAUUGUGGCGUAUAUUGCGAAAACUGGUAUAUUACAAAGCCAUCGACUUUUAUAUUACAAAAUCUAACCAAUCAUGAUUACACAAUAACAUUUUAAGACUUGAAAAAAAAAGUAAUAUAAUAAGUACUCGUUACUCCCGUGGUUAUCGACCAUCAUAGGAACUAAAAAAAUGCCAAAGAAAAGUAAAAUAUUAUGUAUACCUACCUAUUUAAAACUUUUCAACAUUCUACAUUAUCACAAACGUUUGGAUUAUUAUUUAAUUAUUAAUUACUAAUAAAAUAGUGUAGUAAUCUCGAAUUAAGAAGACAAAAUUGUCUUAUUUUUUGUGUAAGUACGUAUGAAUAAUGAACACUCCCAGCGGAAUGAACAUUGAACACUACAAACUUUGAUUACCGAAUCAGUUAGGAUAGGUAAAACUACUAAAAACAAAAACAAAUAUGUCUUUAGCCCGUUGGGCCUGUUCCGAGUUCUUGUGGCCGUUGAUUUUACUAUCUUCUGCAGUAUGUAACAAAUGCAGUAUCAUAAUAAUAGCAAACAUUAAUUUUAUAAUAGAAACUAAAACCUAUACUUUCCUUUCCUUAUAUAACAAAUUUAUAUUUAAUUAUUUAUAAUAAACAAAAAAAAAUAAUAAAAUAAAAAAAAUCAGUUAUCUCCUACGGCUCUAUAAACUCCACAUAAUAAAUUAAAAAUUCCAAAUAAACAGUAACAGUAUUUUGUAUCAUGCAGUUUAGUUUAAUUACGAUUGACGCACGUAGUCGUAUACGCUUGAUCCAAUGUCAAAUAAGGUGUAAAGAAGAAAGUUAUAAGAGGGAAAACCAUGACGGAAUUAUUUUUAAAAUGAAUAUACAUCUAGGUAAUGUUCCCACUCGUGUGUUACCUUGACAAUUUUAGAUACAGCUAUAUAAUAUAAUUAUCCAAUGGAAAAUAUGUAUGUAGUUUUUACGUAUUUGCAGAAAAAAAAAAAUAAGACAGGAAAACUAAAAUGAAAAACACAUCGAAAUUAGUAGUUUCAAAUUUAAAAUCGUAUUAGCAUGGCUAUUUCUUAGAUUUUUGGUCGAGCCAAAAAAAAAAAAAAUAAUAAAAUACAAACGAGUUACCCGGAUCCUGAUCAUUGUUGAUUGAUAGAUUUUUUUGUGUUAACAGAAUGUUUUGAAAGAGUUUCCAUUGGAAAACGUCUGAACAAUUCGGACGUGACAAAAACCAUUCCUGCCCACAAUGUAAAACAAUGCAAUAACGAAUGUGAACGAAUACUGUGUAAUGCGUAUAGUUUUGGGUAAGUACUAAAAUUGUGAUGGACAUUUUAACGAUGAUAUAAUAUUCAGUAGUAUAUUCGGUUUUGAGUACAUUUAAUUUUUCUCAAAUAAUAUUUUAUAAUAUUAUAAUAAUAUAUCGAUAUUUUUUUUAAGUUUUCAAAUUGGGUCAUAUUGUUAUGUAAGUAAAAGUCGAUUUAAAUUUUUAAAAUAUUCGUAUGUAUUAAAAUUUAAAUACAUUUUUGAUUUGUAUAAUUUACUUAACUAUAAUAAUUAACUAAUAAUAAUGGAUUGAUAAAAAACUGAUUAGGUAUAAUUAUUUAAAACGUUUUUAGCAACAUUUAAAUAUUAUAUUCGUGGCAUUUUUUUUUAGGUUAAGCGGAAAUGGAAAUGGUACUUGUCUACUUGGUUCGGAUCUACCGAAGUCGGGACCGUACGACGAUCCAGAAUACGAUCUUUUUAUGAAAAUCUUACAAUGUAGAGAUAGAACUUGUGAGUUAUUAUUAUGAAUAAUAAAUUAAAUUUACUAUAAUUGUUUAAAUCUAAAGGUAGAGUGGAAACAAUGUACAAUCAAUUUAUCAAAAAUGAAUGAUUAAUUAUAGAAUUUAAUGCAACAAUAUAAUUUUAAAAUUAUUCUAAAAUCCCGAUAUUAAAACGUUAUUUAAAAUUCAAUCAAUUGUAAAUGUUGGAUGUCUGUCUAUAAUUUUAACCAUGGUUUUGCAAAAAAUCGACAAGUAGCUAAAUUCAGACUGAAUUACACUAACAGUAACUGAAUUAUUCAGUUAUUUAAAACUUUUAAUGCGUAAUACAUUGAAAUGAUUAUAGCUAGGGUUCAGAUGUUUAUAAAAUUUCAUAUUUUUUCUGUUUAACCAAAUCAAUUCUGACUUGGAUAUAAAUUGGACUCAUGUUUGACUGAAUAAAAAUAAUACUAUUUUUAUUUUGCAUAUUUUGCAUAUUUUAUGGUUUUAUAUGUUAAAUGCAUAUUUUAGAAUUUUAAGAAUAUAAAUGCAUAUUUAAGUACAUUUUGAACUAUUUAAAAAAAAAUUUUAAUUAAUAACGAAAUAAAAAUCAAAAAAGCAUACAAUUUGAACAAAUUAAAAAAAAAAAAAAAAACAUUAUAUCACUCUAAUGAUUUUAUUGUAAAUUAAUGUGUAAUAUCUAUUAAAAAAAUAAUACAUAAAAAAACUACAAUUUAAUAAAAAUUAAAUACUCAAGGUACAAUUUUGUUGCGCAUAUUUUGGUGAUUUUGAACUAAAAAUUCAUAUUUUAUGAUUUUUAGUGUAUAUUUUGAUUGCAUAUUUGGUAGUUUUUUAGUGCAUAAAUGCAUACAUAUUAUAUAGUUAUUAUAAGUGCAUAAACAUCCAAACCCUAGUUAUAGCGAAAUAAAUUGUCCCAUUCAAAUAAUCCGCACCCUAAUUUUUAAAUAAAAUAUUAUUUACAUAAAAUGUUGAAUUAUUUGUAUAAUUAUAUUUUGACUCACGAUAUUAUUGUAUGACUAUUUUUAAACAUUAGAACAAUAAUACAUAAUAUAUUUUUACUGAUUUUAAAGCCAAUAAUGUUAUAGUACUACUAGUGUUAUAGGUGUAGACCUUAGACAAAAAACCAAAUGAUUUGCAUCGUAAUUGUAUCAAUUGUUUAUAUUUUAUUGCAUGCAAAUGAUAAUUGAUAGGUAAUAUUAAUUAUCGAUUCAUUAUAUCUAAUUCGUAUACGAUUAUAAAAAAAUAUUAUUAUUUUGUGAAAUUCAAUCCAAUACUGUAGGUUUUAAUUAAGUGUGCUUAAAUUACUGAAAUGAUAUAAAACCCACACAAGUAAUGUUUUUUGAAUACCUAUUCAUUUAGCGUGUUUCAAUAAGCUUGUGGGAGGAAGACGUUUAGCCGAUAAAUUUAUUCAACGAACUAUGCCGGCCGAAUCAAAAGGAGAAUGUGAAAUAUUUUGUGAAUACGAAAAGGAAUUUCGAUGCGCAGGAUUCAAUUUCAGGUUGGUGUUGUUUUAACGCUAAUAUUCAAUCAAAUUUUGUUAGUAAUUAUUUUCGAAAAUAUUUAAGUUACAUAGAUAUAAUUUGGUUCACUGUGACUGUGCCAUCGUAUAAUUAUCAUUAUGUAUUUCUCCUUCUUCCCAAUAGCUUAGCAGGCCAUGUAGUCUCACUGCCGCAACUCCUAUAUCCUCCCAACGGUUCUUUUUAUACGUAUCCUCUAUUUACACAUUUUCAUUAAUUAUUUCUAAAUUAUUUUUCACAGUGUCCUUCCAUCUUGCCCGGUCGCUCCCAAGAGGUUUAUUACCCACAAUUCUUCCUUCGAUUACUCAUUCGAUUAUUUUUUCUUUUAAUUUCCAUACGUGGUUGAACCACUCUAUCCUCCUGCUUCUGCUGUACAAUAUGAUGUUAGGUGUCCCAUAAUUCUUAUUAUACAUAUAUAUUAUAUAUGUAUAAUAUAUAUAUAUGUAUAUUAUAUAUAUUAUAUAUUAUACAUACAUAUUGCAUAUAAUAUCGUGUAACCAAAAUAUCCUCAGUCCAUUUGGUAAUCACCAAUAUCGACAGAUUUUGUCGAAUUCAUAAUAAUACAGUAUAGUAGCUAUAAUUAAUAUAUUAGUUGAUAAUAGUUAGGAUACGACACUCGUAUAAUAAUUGAUUUUAUAAUUUAUAUUUUUGUACUCAAUUUUAUAUUCCAGAUAUGAUAUGAAAUCGGAUUCUUAUAGUAGUUGUCAAUUGACUUCUAUACCGCCGGAAAAAUUAGACCUGUCUACGGAUUUUCACUCGGAUGUAGACUAUGACUUUUAUGAAAAAAACGUGAACGCUUCACCCAUAUGCCGCUAUUUGGAAUUUACCGACCCUUAUGGGCAAAGGCGUCAAUGGGACAUUUCCGGUAACGAACCGGACCUGUCGCUGUGGCAAGAUUUAAAUCCUUCGUUGUUUCAAAAGAAUGACGUCGGGUACGGCAACGACAAAGUAUACUACGACCUUAGCAUUCAUUCUACACCAGCGGCAGGGUCAGGAUAUAAUCGUGGUGAAGUGCCUAUGACCUUUAUUCCGGACAACGAUAACCCGUACAACAACGUUCAGUUCGGAUAUAACGGUAUAAACCCGAUAUUAUCCGUGGAAAAUCGGAUGCCCGCAACGUCAAAUGGUUAGUAUGCAGUGGUAAAAUUGGGAAAGGGGGAGAGGUUAGAUGGAAACGGAGUGCUAUUUCUUAAAGUAAGAUAAUCACUUCACAUUACUUUGAGUCUUUAAAGCAUGGGCGGCCAUAAUGUCAUUUUCAGACGAGACACUUACUGGAAAACCAGUUUUCCGAAAACGCAUUUAAAGACCAACAUAGAAUAGAUUGUAUUUAUCUGAAAUAGUCGACUAAAUCAUAAACUACAAAUAUCUUAUAGUUGGCAUCCGAUAAACUGAUCGGGAACAAUUAAUUUGAUCGCCAAAAAAAAAAAAAAAAUAUGUUUAGGUAUUAUAGUUUAUAUAGACUUCUCUGGUUUAUACUACACAAUUAUUAAAUAAAAUAAUAAUAAUAAAUUUAAUAAAAUAAAAAAUGUAUUGAUUUUUAGUUUAUUUGUUCAUUAAAUUAUUAAAAAUUUAUAUAUAUUUAUAUAUAUAUUAUAAUAGGUAUAAUACAUAGAGUAUAAAAUAUAUAUAAAUAUAAAUAAAAUAAAAUACAAACAUUUUUUAACGUUGAAGUUGAAAGUUAUAGGCAAUCGUUUUAAAAAAUCUAUUGUAUCUAUAUUUACAUAGUCAUCGCGUAUUUAUUUAUUUUCAUAUAAAAUUAAAUUAUUUAUUGAUUUUAAGUUCUGAGCGGAGCGAAGAAGCUUAUAGUUUUAUAAAGAUGAUUUUUUCUUUUUUAUCUGUGCGCAACUUUUUCACCAGAAGACUUAUUCGAAUUUUUACGUGAAGCAAAUUUUCUGAAAGGAAAUAAGUGUGAGGAGGUACUUUAACGAGGUUAUUUUUAAAUUUUAUCAGGAGAUUUUUAUCAAAUUUGAAAAGCCGAAAAAAAACAUAGGGAAACCGGAAAAAAUGUAGGAAAACUGGGAAAAUCAGUACAACAUUAAACAAAUAUUAUUAAAGAAAAUAUAUAAAUCCUAUUUAAUUUUUUUUAAUAAAAAAUGGCACACACCUAUAAAUUGUUGUCAAAGCAUCGCUAUCAACUAAACUCCGCCAGAAUCGUUUUUUCGUAAGCAAUGGUUUAAUGUUCCUUACAGGUGUACAUUAAAUUAUCUAUAACAGUGGCUGCACCGGUCCCCAUUAUCCUAGGAUGUUGUUUAGCUUAUUUAUCCAUUUAAUUAUUACAAAAAAAACUUGAUAAACUAUUUGACUUUUACACAAGUUAUAUUAAUAAAACACAUUUCAUAAAGUAUUAGAAAAUCAUUAAAUGUAUAAAUUAUUUAAUUUUAUUCGUAAUAAUAAAUUAUUAUUGUAUUAUUAUAGUUUUAAUAUAUUAGUAUAAACUGGAGGAAAGUCUUUACAAAGCAUUCAGUUUUUUUGGCGAUUAACUUAAUUUGCAGUUGCGAUUAAUUGUUCGAGAAGACUUAUAAAACAUGAUAUUAUAUUAUAAAUUUAUGAUGCAAAGAUGUAUUUACAUUAUUGACGCACUGGGUUGUAUUACUGAAAUGUUAUAUAUAAAUGGCGUAAAUAUCAAGGAUGUGUCUUUUGGAGUUUUCAACUUUCAACCAUUACCCUUCUACCAUUUUUUGGGGAGUGAAAUAUUCAAAUCUAGUGACAACACUUUACUGCUUAUAGAUGUUCUUUUUUUAAUGUAGUUUUAUUUAUACCUUUAUAAUAAGGAAGUCUUGGUUGGUCAUAUAAAUAAUUCGAAUUUUAAAUUUACUCCUUCACCUCUACCACGGGUUGUGUGUGAAUUUGGGUAGGUGUAGUUAGUACUCAUAAACGUCCCUAAAAUUUUGACAGAUAUUAUAGUCACUACACAGUUUUUCCUACUUUAACUACUCUUGAAUGUACAUUUUCCAAAAGAAAAAAAUGCAGAAAUUCAUGUAUUGUAGAAAAAUAUUAUUGUAAGUUCUGCUGGUACCAUUUUCAGAAUGUUUUAUCAAAGCAAGAACGGGACAUCAUUUGCAAAGAGACAAUAUUAUAAAAUCGGUCAACGCUCCGUCUCUCUAUGGCUGUGAGAACAUAUGUGCCAACGAACAGACGUUCAUGUGCAAUAUGUUCAGUUACAGGUAAGCACCUGUAGAUGGUGACAAUGUAACGUAACAUAAUCUGGGUAUCAAAAAGUGAUAACUUUUUUGAUAUUUGUUGGGAUAAUUGUUUAAGAAAGAAAACGGCAAACUUCAUAGUGGAAUAUCCUUUAACGGCUUGCCGUUCAUUAAAAAUGUUUACCAUAAAUGUAUUUUGACUAAAACUUCAUUUAUUUAUGGAAUUUUAAAUUUAAUAUAAUGGCUUCAUCUCCAAACAUAAGGGUGACAAAAAAUAAGGGAAAUAAAACCGUUUACACCUAAUUUCUUAAAUUUUCCAAAAAUAAAAUUCGAUAAGUUAAUUCUUUCAGAUAUAAUGAGAUAUAUAUGUUGAUAUAUAUAUAUAUAUAUAUAUAUAUAUAUAAACAUAUAUAUCUCUUUAUAUNNNNUAUAUAAUAUAUAUAUAUAUAUAUAUAUAUAUAUAUCAUAGAUAGAUAGAUAUAUAUAUUGAUCUCCAUUUAUAAUCCACUGGUAAAAACGUAUUGAUGAACAGUUUAAAUCUGAUAUAGGUAUAGUUUUACAUCUUUAAUGGACAAUUGCCACUUGAGUGAUAAAAUGCUCCGGCAAUUGGAUAUUUUUCAAGAUUUAGUGCCGGACAGAGAUUGCGACGUGUUCGUACGAAACGAACUCAGUCAGCCAGGAUGUCAGCCGGCGAGAAAUUGGGAUACUGGUGAGAUUCAUUAUAAUAUAAUAUAGUAUAGUGUAAAGCAUAAUAUUUUAUAGUCACUAAAAUCGGGUUGUAUUAUUUUAUUACCAUUAUUUUAUACCCAGUUUGAUUUUCGAUUUCACAAUGUAUUAUAGUUGUUCGUGUGCAUUAUAAUUUAUAAACAUAUAUACUUGAUAAUUAAUAUUAAAUGUAUUAGCUACUUAUAAUUUUCCGUUUUUCGAUAAAAAGAAAUAUUCGUUGGUGAAUAAUGUUGUCAAGAUUAGGUAUUAACGAAUUAGUAAGUUAAAAGUCAAGUUAAUAGGUACCUAUAUUUAAGUUAGUAUUAUUAAUCUAACCUAACCUAACCUUUGAUCAGGGGCGGAUAUGCAUGAUCUGAACGACCCGGAAAAAAUAGAAACCAGCAGCCCACAUGAUCAUAUCUAAGAAUCAACAAAAUAAUUACCUUAACUUUGAGUGCAUCAACACCCAACUCUUUUUUUUUUGUUAAGAAAAAAUAUAAAUUUAAUAUUACACUAUUUCAAUUUCAAUAAAAAAGUUCUAAUACCUAAUAUUGAUUAUUUAUAUUUAGUAUUUAAUUGAUGAGGACUUUAUUUUAGAAGGAUUGGUUGAGUAUUCGGGGGGGGGGCAAAAUUCUCCAAAGGCCACUCCUUUUUUUGCAUUAAUAUAUGAAAUUAAGAGUAACUUAAGGUUAAAUAUUUUUAAAAAAAUGUGUAUCUAACAUAUUUUUCUAAAAAAUAUUUUGAUGGAAAAUCUCACAGGGGAGUCCUCCCUGGUACCCACACUUAUACUUAUCCCUUCUUUCAUGGUCUAUUUUCAAGUAAUUGCAAAUAUUUAAAAAAUAAUUGCAUUUUAUUUUAUUAAUUACAAAAAAUGUAAACAAAUAUGUCUAUCUAAAUAUUAAACCGAUUAGGUAAGGUACUUUUAUUCUGCUAUCCAAUACUAUUAUACUAAUGGGAUACUAAAGAUUAGGCCAAGAAGAAUGUCAUAUUUUAAAAAUGGGGUGGUGGAAAUGUAUGUGAAUGUAAAAUUUAUGUACAUUUGUGAAUAUUAUUCAAUCACAAUUAUAUAUAAUAAAUAAUAAUAAAUACAUUUAAAUAGGUAUAAUAAAUAAUAUGAAAAAAAAGUCCUAAGAUAAUGGGAUCAGGUGCAGCUAAUGUCAUAGUUAAUUUAAUGCAUAUCUGUAAGCAACGAUAAACCAAUGCUUACGAAAAAAUGAUUCUGAGUGGAGUUUAGUUGAUAGUGAUUCUUUGUCAACAAUAUAUAGGUAUAUAAUUUUUUCGUAAAAUAAUUAAAUAGGCUUUAUACAUUUUUUUAAAUAAUAUUUGUUAAUGUUGUAUCGAUUUUCCCUGUUUUUUUCGGUUUUUCAAAUUUGAUGAGAAAACUCCUGAAAAAAUCGAAAAAUGAUUUUGAUUUUCAAAACGGUAUUUAAAUUAAAAACAAUAAACCGGAAAAAAAAUACGAUUUUUUCACGAUUUUGUUAUUUUAAAUAUGUACCUACCACGUUUUUUAGCACAAAUAUGGCUCCAAUUGAAAAACGACAAGAGACCUUUUUCGUUAAUUUUUUUUUUUUUAAUAAGCGUUUUGAAACUAAAUUUAAACGAAAAUUGUAAAAAAAAAUUACGGAACUUUAAAUUAUGUAUUAUCGAACUGCGCUCGGAAUCGUCUUUCAUCAGCAAUGGUUUAUUGUUGCUUACAGACAUAAAUUAAAUUACCUUAUGUAUCCUACCUUCUCAACUUCCCACCUAAAACAGUGGCUGCAGCCAUCCCUAAUAUCAGCUCUUUUUUUUUCGGUUUUUCAAAUUUGAUGAGAAAACUCCUGAGAAAAUUGAAACAUGGCUUCUUUAAAGUACCCGCCUAGUGAAAUUUCCUUUUAGAAAAGGUGUUACUGUUAGAAAUUCGAUUAAGCUUUUUUGGAAAAAGUUGCGCGUAGAUGCUAAAUGACAACGGAAAGUCGAAAACAGAAUUUAGUGACUAAUUAAAUAAAAUUUCACUGUAAUUUUUGUGUUCAAUUACAAAGUACGAUGUAGGUACUUUUAUUUAAGUUUAAUGGUUUAUGACAGCAGCUGUGAGUCAAACUCAAAAAUAAUAUUCAAAUUCCAAGAUAAACACUUGUGAUGGUAAUUUUAGUAGUCAUACAAUGAUAAUUUAUUAUGAUUUAAACUAGAUUUAAAUUAAAAACACAGUAUUAUUGUAUUUUUUUUAUUAACUUUGAAUAUUCGUGUUUAUGUACAAAAGCUAAUAGUAGUAUUUUUCAUUAGCCUAUUUUUGGUAAUAUAAGUAGCCCGGUGGGCCUAUCCGCCCCUGCCUUUGACUAAAAAAAAUUGUUUUCAUUAAUAAAACUAGUUAAUUUUAGUUUAUAUCACAUCAAGUUAAUUUCAACACAUUACCAUACACAAUUAUCAUCUUAAAAACAAUAUUUUUUUAAAAUUUUUCUCACUUAAUAAUUUGUAUGAAGUUUCGAUCUUAAAAUAAGUGCAAUUUGAAAGCCACAGAAUUGAACAUUGAUCGUCUUUAUUUCUAAAAAAAAAAAAAACUAUAUCUAGGUUCAAUGCUUUUCAAUAUAGCAUAAACAAUUUUUCAUAUAAAUUAAAUUAACAUAACCUAAGUGAACAAGUUAACUAUGUGUUCAAAUUAACUUUUAAUUUUUAACUUGGUGUUAAUUCGUUCAUUAACUCUUGACUGAGUUAAAAUUAUUCUUUGUCUUGCAUAUCAUUAAUUUUGCAUACUACACAUAUUACACAAAGCUAAAAUUAUUUUCUAAUAUAAGUAAAAACUCCAGAAAAAAAAUCACAUGCAUUUUAGAUUGUUUCGAACGUAUCCGUAGCGGUUUGACGUUCGAAGUGGCCAUAGUAAAGUUUUCGGUGCAAACAGAAAAUCUGCACGAGUGCGAACUCAUAUGCCUCCACGUAAAACAUUUCACGUGCAGAGUGUUCAGUUUUCGGUACGUACUCAAUAAUAGAAUCUAUGUAAUUUCGACACACGUCAAAUGGACGCGGUUAUUUUGAUGCGAGACAAUUGAUCGCAUAGCACAUUUUGGCGCAACUACAUUUCGACGCUUUUUUUUUUUUGUUUAAUUAUGAUUAUUGAUUUAUUUAUCACAACAAAUGUAUAUAUGUAAUACUAUUUCAGAUAUUUUUAAAGAUUGUAUAUUUUAUAUUUAAUAAUAAUUUGUUUUAUUUUAUAUAUAUUUAUUUUGAAAAAUAAAUCAGUAAUAAUAAUUAAACAAAAAAAAAAAAAUGCUUCAAAAUGUGCCAUGCGCCCAAUUGCCUCGCGUCCAUUUGACGUGCGUCGAAAUCACCAUGUCGAAAUGAUGCAACAACUAAUAAUAUUAGCGCCAGUGGCGUGCCCAGGAAUUUUCAAUGGGAGAUGAUGUAGUCAAAUUAUAAUUAUGAUUCAAGGAUAAAACAUAAAAUUUUUUUCUGUUAUACUUAUCCCGAACUAUGCGAAUUUAAAAUUCCGAUUAAAAUAUACUCAUGGUUUUUGUAUUUUUAAUUAAAUUAGAGGGGGGAUAUAACUGGUAACCUCCCAUCUCCCUACGCACGCCAUUGGUCAGCACCGCACUAUUUUGUGUCUUGUCUGUCACAUUUUAUAUUAUAUAACUGACUGGCCAGCCGAUAUGGUACCUAUGUAAUCCGUGUCUGUCUCGUGCCGGUCUAGCCGAGGGGCGGCCGUCAUCGGAAAAUGGUCGGACAACUGUUAUCUGACCGAUUACCCGAUACUCGAAAUGGACCCGAACAAGCACUUUGUCCAGGACACCGAAUGCGAUAUCUUCAACCGUGGUAGCUACGGUCGCGGAUGCGAACUGGACAAAACCCACUUCCCCACCGGGCCAUGGCCAACAGGACCUGGCCAGGACCUGACGCCUACCGUGCACACCACUUACCGACCUCAGUAUGGUGUGCCACCUCCACUAUCACCAACUCCAUCGGGAUAUGGUCCAAAGUAUGGUCCACCACCAUCGCCACCAUUGCAGUUCUUUCCUGUCAUACCGUCCGGAUCACCGAUCCCGCCACCGUCUCCGUCACCGUCGCCACCGUCGUCUCAGUACUUUCCAGUCAGGCCCAUUACGCCAACGCCAUCACCACCAACCCAGUAUUUUCCCGUCACGCCGACCACUUUUGUUACUUCUACCAGACGUACGGGUACUUAUGUGCCAUCUUUACCACCUACUACGUUUUAUCCGAUUCAAGGAGAGUACACUCCCGCCGGUGUCAAACCGUCGAAUCGGAAUCCGGACCCUGGUGUGUUCAAAGACUCGUUUAACCCAUAUGGUCAAAAUCCUACUCGAGGACCAAUUCUCUAUGGGCCAUACGGACCGCCAAAAAAGUGUAAGACGACUUUUAUUCUUAUUUCCCGUGAUUCGUCCUUAAGUUUUCGUUUUUCAAUAUUUUCAGUGUGCUAUAUAAAUUUUGGCAGUACUGCUAGAUUAUUGCCAUCGGCUAUUAAAAAGUCAAUGAACGUUGAGUCAGAGGACCAGUGUAAAAUGGAGUGCAACAAGGCCAGAGACAGUCAAUACUUCCGAUGUUCCUCACUCAGCUACUUGUAGGUACAGAUUUUCUUGGUCUUAAUAUUAUUUAUCUCACACCGAAAAGCCAGACUGGUGUGUGUGUGGGUUCGUUAAAUAAUACAAAAUUAAGUGUUUUUAUGUGUUUCCGCUCUUUUAUAGUGCUGGUUAUUGCGAGUUGAGUGACAUCGAAAUGAGAGAUUUAAAACCCAAUCAGGAUUUCAGUAUGGAUCAACAAUUUCUUCUUUUCACGUGGGAUUUUAAUCAAGUUCACUGUUUCGGAUUGACUCCUGUUGCCAAAGUCCCUCCAACCAAUAACGGUAAUAAGGAUCAAUUAUGCUUAUUUUUAUAUGUUUACUGCUACAUUAGUUUUUCGAGAUUUUGUGUUUAUUAAAUAUUCUGAAUAUGAUGCGUAGUUCCAGUAACUGGAUUAGAAUGGACAUGGUUGAGGUUUACCGUCAAUGGACAGCCAUGCAGAUCCGGUUCAUAUUGUACCAAAAACGCGGACAUGGGUAUAUGGUCCUGUCCAGUCGAACAAGGUGGCUGGGAUUACUGUUGCAAGCCAGAACAUAAAUGCGGUUACUCUGAAGGAAUCAGUUAUCCAUGGUGAGAUGUAAAACUAGUAAAUCAAGUUUGACGAAAUUUCUUAGAUAAAAUAAUGUAUUAACAUAGUAUAAUAUAUUAUUAUAAAAUUGGAACUUAAGUUCCUCUACCUGCAAUCGUAAAAAAUAAUUAUUUCUAUUUUGGCUAGCGUCCAUGAUAAAAUAAAAAUUAAUUUCGUGGUUUGCAACGAUGCUCACAUAGUAUUCUACCAUGUGUUUGACAUACAGGUGUUACGUGGGUCAUUCGUCCGAACAGUGGCGCCCGUGUAGCGACAAGUAUUAUCCUUCAGCGGACGGAAUGCCACAAACCUGGCCGGUGACUUACAUUCAUCACUCAGGCCCGCCGACUACGUCCGUCACGGUAUUCCCGGGCCUUUCCAGUCCGAGUCCGCUGCCUCCGCGUCGGAUUGACGAAGCCGUGGGAAAUGGCACGAUAACGGCCAUCAAGCACGAACAGUCGCUGGUCGAUCAGUUUCUGGCGAUAUUCAGGACGUCUUCGGAAACACCACCGCCGUCACCGGAGCCUGCCAGCAGCCGUGCCCCUGAAACAAACAACAAGACCGCCUCGUUGAUUGCUAGUCACCACGUGGAUUUACCCGGUUUCCGGGUGGUCGAUGUCACGGACAUACCGCAAACCGUAAACAGGGCCGCCGUCGGGUCCGUCAACAGGUUGUAUUCGUACGAAGCCAGCAAUCGGUUUAGAAACACGUUCAAGUACAGAAAACCUUACGUUUGA